UUCCCGUCGGUGUCGGUUUCGAGGAGUUCAGCCAAGGUUUCGACACGCAUGUGAGCACAACCGCCGUCUGUGAGCGCGCAGAGCCAACAAAAGCGCCCGGAAAGUGGAGAGAUCGGCCGUCACCGCGGACAAAGAGCAACCGCUCAGAUGCGCAGAUAACUUUCAAGAGCUUUGCGGAGGUUUUUCUUUAUGCGGACGAAAGGCUGAAGAUUGUUAUAAUAAUCAUGCCUGUGCGGAGAGGUCAUGUCGCUCCUCAGAAUACAUUUCUUGGGAUAAUCAUACGGAAAUUCGAGGGACAGAAUAAGAAGUUCAUCAUAGCCAAUGCCCGAGUCCCGAACUGUGCAAUUAUUUACUGUAACGAUGGUUUCUGUGAGAUGACGGGAUUCUCGCGGCCUGAUGUGAUGCAGAAACCUUGUACAUGUGACUUCUUGCAUGGAGAGCAAACCAAGAGGCAUGAGAUUGCUCAGGUGGCUCAGGCUCUGCUGGGCUCAGAGGAACGCAAAGUGGAGAUUACCUACCAUCGCAAAGACGGGUCAUUUUUCCAGUGCAACACUCACAUCAUCCCGGUGAAGAACGAGGAAGGAGUGGUGAUGAUGUUUAUCCUGAACUUUGAUUAUGUGUUGGACGAGGACAGCAGCAGCUCUAUGGAGAGACUGAACCUCACGCCACCUGCCAAAGCUGAAAUCAGAAAAGGCCGGUUCUUCCGUCUGCGCCUGCCCUCACUGAAGCUCCUGGGCGUUAGUAAACAGUCUCUUCCUCAGGACGACCCAGACUCAGUCAUGGUGGACUCACCCAGAGCCAGCGACCAGAGUGAUGACUCUGCAGCAGUGAUUGACGUCCCGUCGCCAACCCAGCACGUCUGCAGUCCAGCCGAUGCCAACGACACGCGGGCGCUGAUCCGCUCCAGCAGCCACUCAUCUCCGGUCAGCAUUCCUCUGGACCACUCUUCCCCCAGACAGACGUGGCAUCGGCCCGGAGCGGCUCAGACUCAGUCCAGCAGCUGUCUGGCGCAGGCCGUGUCCAGAGACAGCGUGUGCAACCGCAGACGAGCCUCCUCCGUCCACAACAUCGAAGGGUUGAGCGCAAACCACAAACGCCUCUACACCGACAGACACACCAGUGAAGAUAACGGCGCAUACAACAGAGGUCCAUUCAAUCAUCUGAAGUCCAGUCUGCUGGGGUCCACAUCAGACUCCAACCUGAACAAAUACAGCACCAUCAACAAGAUCCCGCUCAUCGCCCUCAACUUCUCUGAAGCCAACGACAGGAAAGCGCCUUCGCCUCCGUCCUCCGAGAAAACCAUCAUCGCUCCCAAAGUCAAAGACAGAACACACUGCGUCACAGAGAAGGUCACUCAGGUUUUGUCUCUGGGUGCCGAUGUGCUUCCUGAAUACAAGCUUCAGUCUCCGCGGAUGGACAAGUUCACCAUCCUGCACUACAGCCCCUUUAAAGCAGUGUGGGACUGGCUGAUCCUGCUGCUGGUCAUCUAUACAGCCAUCUUUACUCCAUACACCGCUGCCUUCCUGCUGGAUCGCGAGGAGCAAAAGCGCCAGGAGUGCGGUUAUUCCUGCAGUCCUCUAAACGUAGUGGACUUAAUAGUGGACAUCAUGUUCAUUAUAGACAUCCUCAUCAACUUCCGCACCACGUAUGUGAACCUGAAUGAGGAGGUGGUCAGCCAUCCCGGGAAGAUUGCUGUCCAUUAUUUUAAGGGCUGGUUCCUCAUAGACAUGGUGGCCGCUGUUCCCUUCGACCUGCUCAUCUUCGGCUCAGGAUCUGAUGAUACUACGACUCUGAUUGGCCUGCUGAAGACGGCUCGGCUCCUCCGUCUGGUUCGUGUGGCGAGGAAACUGGACCGUUACUCUGAAUACGGAGCAGCCGUUCUCAUGCUCCUCAUGUGUAUAUUCGCUCUCAUCGCCCACUGGCUCGCCUGCAUAUGGUACGCCAUUGGAAAUGUGGAGAAAUCCUACCUGGAACAUAAGAUCGGCUGGCUGGACAAUCUGGAGGUGUCUAUCGGGAAGAGAUCCAACACCAGUGACCCCGGCUCGGGACCGUCCAUAAAGGAUAAAUACGUGACAGCGCUGUACUUCACCUUCAGCUCGCUGACCAGUGUGGGUUUCGGAAAUGUGUCGCCUAACACCAAUUCUGAGAAGAUCUUCUCCAUCUGCGUCAUGCUGAUCGGAUCUUUGAUGUAUGCCAGUAUUUUCGGGAAUGUUUCGGCCAUCAUCCAGCGUCUGUAUUCGGGAACGGCGCGCUACCACAUGCAGAUGCUGAGAGUCAAAGAGUUCAUCCGUUUCCACCAGAUCCCGAACCCGCUGCGACAGAGACUGGAGGAAUAUUUCCAGCACUCCUGGACCUACACCAACGGCAUCGACAUGAACAUGGUCUUAAAGGGUUUUCCCGAGUGUCUGCAGGCUGAUAUCUGUCUCCACCUGAACGACAGUCUCCUGCAGGGCUGUAAGGCGUUCAGAGGAGCGACUCAAGGCUGUCUGCGCGCUCUCGCCAUCCGCUUUAAAACCACACACGCUCCUCCAGGAGACACACUCGUGCACUGCGGGGACGUCCUCACCGCGCUCUACUUUCUGUCUCGAGGAUCCAUCGAAAUCCUCAAGGACGACAUAGUGGUGGCCAUUCUGGGUACGAAUGAUAUAUUUGGAGAGAUGAUUCACCUGUAUGCGAAGCCUGGUAAGUCGAACGCAGACGUGCGAGCGCUCAGUUACUGCGACCUGCACACCAUCCAGAGAGAGGAGCUGCUGGAGGUGCUGGACAUGUACCCAGAGUUCGCUGACUACUUCCUAACAAACCUGGAGCUCACCUUUAACCUGCGGGAUGACAACACAAAGGCCACCUAUUCACAGAGCAGUGAUUCAGAUGGAGAGGAAAACAAGAGUCGCAGGAAGAUCUCCGUUAAGAGGAAACCAUCACAGGGAGGAAGCCUGAGAGAAGCAGACAGCGAGAGCCGGAAGGAGCGUCGGGAGUCCCGUCUCAGCUCUAAGAGAAACUCAGAGGAGCAUUCGGCCUCCAGAGACGAGCAGCAGAGGAUUCUGGGAGCUGCCAUCAUGGAGGAUCCACCUGUUCAAAGCUGCUGCAGUCCUGCCUGUGAAGACAAGGACAAAAACACAUAUGAUGACCUGCAGGCUGGCGGAUGGAUGUCUGAGAGUGUAAAAGCUGACACCCAGGAGCGGUGCUGCGCUGAGGAGGAAGAUCUGGACUGUGAAAUCACAUAUGGAGAAGUGGAGAACAGACUGGACCAGCUGCAGGAACACCUGAGCAGGUUGGAGUACCAGAUGACGUCAGAUAUUCAGAGUAUCCUGACGCUGCUGCAGAGACAGACGUGUUUAGGACCUCCGGCCUACAGCAGCCUGACAGCUGAAUACAAGAAACCCGCUAUCAGAAUCCAGCCCAGCGCUUCAGAGACACACACACCACCACAGAAUUCCGAGUUUCUGGCCCUCCAUCUGAACGCCACAGACUCUCCAUCAGGCCCAAACAUCACGAACUCAAACCAGAGUCAUGGGACGGCAUCAUCAACACAGGACUUGACAAACAGGCAGACUCUUCCUCUGGGACGGCAGACCUCCAAACCCCUGCUGCGGCUGUCACCUCCAUCUGAACCCGGAACACCCGACCAGCAGCACAGAGAGCAAAACAACUGAACAUCACUGCCAAAAAAAUAUCUGCUCAUUAACAGCUUCCCUAUUUUGUGAUUCA